GAGGGAAGAUGAGCGGUUGGAUAGAGGCAGAGAGGGAAAGCGGGAAGGAGAGAAAAACAAGCAGGCGGAGCUUCCACUUCCGGUGGGGCCGUCCCUAGCGGCGGAGAUGGCGGCGACUGCGGCGGAGGUUGCGGCCUCGGGCUCUGGAGAACCCCGGGAAGAGGCUGAAGCCCCCGGCCCCGCCUGGGAUGAGUCCCAACUGCGCAGUUAUACCUUCCCGACCCGGCCCAUCCCGCGUCUGAGUCAGAGCGACCCCCGGGCGGAGGAGCUUAUCGAGAAUGAGGAGCCUGUGGUGCUGACCGACACAAAUCUUGUGUAUCCUGCCCUAAAAUGGGACCUUGAAUACCUGCAAGAAAAUAUUGGCAACGGAGACUUCUCUGUGUACAGUGCCAGCACCCACAAGUUCUUGUAUUAUGAUGAGAAAAAGAUGGCUAAUUUCCAGAACUUUAAGCCGAGGUCCAAUAGGGAAGAAAUGAAAUUUCAUGAGUUUGUUGAGAAACUGCAGGAUAUACAGGAGCGAGGAGGUGAAGAGAGGUUGUAUCUGCAGCAAACACUCAAUGACACUGUGGGCAGGAAGAUUGUCAUGGACUUCUUGGGUUUUAACUGGAACUGGAUUAAUAAGCAACAGGGAAAGCGUGGCUGGGGGCAGCUGACCUCUAACCUGCUGCUUAUUGGCAUGGAAGGAAAUGUGACACCUGCUCACUAUGAUGAGCAACAGAACUUCUUUGCUCAGAUAAAAGGCUACAAGCGAUGCAUUUUGUUCCCUCCGGAUCAGUUUGAGUGCCUCUACCCAUAUCCUGUUCAUCAUCCGUGUGACAGACAGAGCCAGGUGGACUUUGACAAUCCUGACUACGAGAGGUUCCCCAAUUUCCAGAACGUGGUUGGUUACGAAACAGUGGUUGGCCCUGGUGAUGUUCUUUACAUCCCAAUGUACUGGUGGCAUCACAUAGAGUCAUUACUAAAUGGGGGGAUUACCAUCACUGUGAACUUCUGGUAUAAGGGGGCCCCCACCCCUAAGAGAAUUGAAUAUCCUCUCAAAGCCCAUCAGAAAGUGGCCAUAAUGAGAAACAUUGAGAAGAUGCUUGGAGAGGCCUUGGGGAACCCACAAGAGGUGGGGCCCUUGUUGAACACAAUGAUCAAGGGCCGAUACAACUAGCUUGCCAGGAGUCGAGGCCUCCUGCCAGGUGACUGCUAGCCCGUCCACACCGCUUCAUUGAUGAGGACAGGAGACUCCAAACGCUAGUAUUGCACGCUGCACUUAAUG